GUUAUAAUUACAAACAAAAUAUUUUUUUAUAAAAUGAUGUAUAUACAAACUGCAAAAAGCUGACCCGAAGAUAAACCUGUAAUAUGCACAAUUGUGUCUACACUACAAGAAUACGUAAAAGAUUUAAUCUUAGCAGAAUAACAAAAAUUCACACACAGGGAUUUUAAAAAACAGAAUUUAUGAUCCAUUACCAAACUUAUAAUAAAAUCUACAUUUUCAUACAGCGACUCUAAACCUAGGGAGCAAGUAAAUAAAUAGCCUAUAUGCACCACUUUCAUCUCAUAAACAAACACAUAUUACAUACAAUAAAAACUAAAAUAAAACAAAAUAAUAUAAGCUGGAAACCCUCACACAUUUAUACCCACGUUGCAAACAUCUAACCAGUAAAAACAUGCGCGACGCUUAGAAAAACUGGCCAGAAAAUAAACUAUUGUCCAAUUCCCAAAGUGUAGGUGUAUUUCCGCCGCCCAAUAUACUCCUACCUUUAGAUUUAGCCGUAUAUAAAAGGCAGGGAUUAAUUUGUCGCCGAUAAACCAGAGCCGGUGACGCACCCGACGGCGAUUGGCCCUCCCCACGUACAGCCCUCCCUUUAUAAUUUCCACACACGGCGCUCUUAAACACAGCGACACCGGCAGCAGUCUACGCUGCCACUCUCAAAAGGCACCUGGCACUUUUUUUUUAAAUGAUCCCACCCAUAUUCCCGAUAAGCAAGCGCAGAGAAAGCUUAAAUUGCGAGGCGGUUUUCACUACUGAAAAGUUGAGCGAGUGGCACACAUCAGUGCCCGCCGUGGACUUUUGAUUAUUGCUCGCCACUACAAAAUCGGAAGGACUUACUGUAAGCUCGGCAUACCGCAAAACAAAAAAAACUAAUGACUCUGAUCAAGAAGCUUAUCGCGCUGGUGCUUUGAGCACGUAACAAACCUGAUUCAAAAACACUUACAUCAUCUUUUUUUCUUUUAAAUAGCUUACUUUCUUCUCUAAAAUUGGCUCCUGUACAAACAGCCGCGUUGGAUCCUUCGGCGUACUGCGAGACUCCGGUAUACAACCCGGAUCUCUGCCCGAAUAUGAUAGCCGCUCAGGCAAAGUUGGUGUAUCACCUGAACAAAUACUACAACGAGAAAUGCCAGUCUCGGAAAGCGGCGAUCUCCAAGACGAUCAGGGAGGUGUGCAAGGUGGUGUCGGACGUCCUGAAGGAGGUUGAGGUGCAGGAGCCCCGAUUCAUUAGCUCCCUGAACGAAAUGGAAAACCGAUUUGAAGGUCUGGAGGUGAUUUCGCCGACCGAAUUCGAGGUGGUUCUCUACCUAAAUCAGAUGGGGGUGUUUAACUUCGUGGACGACGGCUCGCUGCCAGGCUGCGCUGUGUUGAAGCUCAGCGACGGUCGCAAGAGGAGUAUGUCCCUCUGGGUCGAGUUCAUCACAGCCUCUGGGUAUCUCUCGGCCCGCAAAAUCAGAUCGCGCUUUCAGACACUGGUAGCACAGGCGGUGGAUAAGUGCAGCUACAGAGAUGUGGUAAAGAUGGUCGCAGACACCAGCGAAGUGAAACUGCGCAUCAGAGACAGAUACGUAGUUCAAAUCACUCCGGCAUUCAAGUGCACUGGGAUAUGGCCACGGAGCGCGGCGCACUGGCCCCUGCCGCACAUUCCCUGGCCGGGACCGAACAGAGUUGCAGAGGUCAAAGCCGAAGGUUUUAACCUUUUAUCUAAGGAAUGCUACUCUCUAAACGGGAAGCAGAGCUCGGCAGAGAGCGACGCCUGGGUUUUACAGUUCGCGGAGGCGGAGAACCGACUCCUCUUAGGAGGCUGCAGGAAGAAAUGCCUGUCCGUCCUGAAGACAUUGCGGGACCGUCACCUUGAACUCCCGGGACAGCCGCUCAACAACUACCACAUGAAAACUUUGGUCUCCUACGAGUGCGAAAAGCAUCCGCGGGAGUCGGACUGGGACGAGAACUGCCUCGGAGAUCGUCUGAAUGGGAUUUUAUUACAGCUCAUCUCAUGCUUACAGUGCAGAAGGUGUCCGCAUUACUUUUUGCCCAACUUAGACCUUUUUCAGGGCAAGCCUCAUUCGGCCCUGGAGAACGCAGCCAAACAGACUUGGCGAUUGGCGAGAGAGAUUCUUACCAACCCCAAAAGCCUAGAAAAACUCUGAGGUGGAAAAUAGUGAUAUUAAUAAAUAUCGUUGCAAAUGCGAGAAUACGCCCCUCGAGCUAACCAGUGUUCAGAGGCCUAAAGGAUGGCGCUCUUAACGUAGGACGACGCAAACAAAAAUAAGCACUACUGUUUGAUCCAUGUUUUGUAAAACGUACACGAAAUAGCCUACGGAUUGUGAUUUACUAAAGAAUUUUAGAUGGCCGAUUACGUAAGAAAAUGCCAUCGCUGCAAUUUGGGAGCUAUAUAUAUCACCAAUCAAAACAACUAAAAUGGUAACUAUAGUUUUCAGUUCCUGGUAUCAGUAAUACACGUAUUUGGUAAUUAGAAUUAAAAUAAAAUUCCGCGAAAGCCUUGGCAGAAUCUAACUGUACAUUUUUAUACUGUAUAAACGUACAUUAAUAGAUUGUGUUUCAAGUGGUCUGAAAUUGUGAAUGUUGUUUUGUGACACGUAAAUAGAAGUUCAUCUGUUUAUGGAAACCCAGACUUUUUCUGGUAGAAAAGAAAUCAACCUAAAGUAGAUCACAUCAAUAUUUUGCUUUGUCUAUUGUCAAUGGGAAGUGAGUCAUCUUCAAAAAGUUUACAUUCUGACGGUACUCUUUGUUCAUUUUUAAAACUUUCCAUAAAUAUACUUGAAUUCUAAUUUUACAUAUAUUCGAACAUUUUUGUUCUGAUUCUGCUUAUCAUUAAUGCCUGGAAGUAUAUAUAUAUAUAUAUUUGAGAAAAAUGCACUUGAGAUACACUGGAUAUAACAUUUUGUGACUUGAUUUUUUCCUGUUCCUGAAUUUAUUUAAAAAGCUAAUAAAAAUUCAAGCAUUA